AGUCUUCUGUAGUGAGUGGUUUGCCUGCUCGCUGUCUCGUUGGGUCUGGCCGGUGUAGGUGUGACGUGGAUAAGGAAGUGAGUGUCUGCCAGGCAAGCAUCACUGCCUCAGUGACUGGAGCAAAUCGAGUGUGACUCCGGUUUAGAGACGGAAAAUGUCACGUGCUGCUGGGAAAGCCGGAAACCUCAGAGACAAAUUAGAUGGAAAUGAACUGGACUUGAGUUUAAGUGACCUGAGUGAAAUCCCAGUGCGAGAACUGGCUGCCCUCCCUAAGGCCACAAAGUUGGAUCUCUCUUGCAACAAGCUGACGACGUUGCCGGGGGAGUUUUGCUCUCUCACACACAUUGUACGGUUGGAUCUCAGCAAGAAUCAGAUCCUGCAGCUUCCUUCUGAAUUUGGCAGGCUGGUAAACCUACAGCACCUUGAUCUGCUACAGAACCGCUUAUCAGUGUUGCCUGUAACCUUUGCACAGCUCAAGAACUUGAAGUGGUUGGACUUAAAGGACAAUCCGUUGAACCCUGCUUUGGCCACUGUGGCUGGAGACUGCCUAGAUGAGAAACAGUGCAAGGAGUCUGCCCAAAAAGUUCUGCAGUACAUGAAAGUUAUUCAGGCUGAUCAAGAACAAAAAUUGCAGCGCAAGCUUUUGGAAGAGCAAGCACAUAAGCAGAAACGUGAGGCUGAGCAGAAAAAGAAAGAGGAGAGGGAGCGGGAACAGCGCCGCAAACAGAAAGCUCAACAAAAAGCACGCAAGAGGAGGGACUACGAUGCUAUGCAGGCAGCUCAGCAAGAGGUCAAAAAGAAGGCGGGAAAAGAGCCCUCUGAUAAUCACAAAACCACUACUGUGCCUGUAAAGAAGAGGCAGCAGCUCCAGCGGAGUUCAUGGCUAGGGAUACUCAUGCGGAUCGUACUCUUCAUUCUCCUGGUGACUCUGGGAAGUGUUGCAGUGUGUCGCUAUACUCAACUCCAGACUCAGAGUGUCUGCUCCAGUCUUAAUGCAGUGUAUGAAGAUACAAUGAGUACCCUACGAAGCUAUCACAUGCUGGAAAGCGUACUACAGUUUGGCUCACCACAGUAAUGACACAGGACAUUAUCAAGAAAAGGGUUGCUCCCUUUCAGGGUGUUUGUAUUAGGCUUGGAACUUGCUCCAUGUUGUUUUAAGUAUACACUUUUUUUUUUUUUUUUACGCUAGGAACUGCCUUCGAUCUAUUCCCAUUAUGUAUUGAAGGCGUUUUUGGUAUCCCUACAAGAUGGCAAAGGCUUCCUGUCUUGACUCUCUUGAUUUUAUGUAAGAGGAGGGUGUGCUGUAAAAGAAACUUGUCCUGCUACAUUUCUAUGGUUUUUCCAGUUUACAGAGAACCGAACGGUUACCUUGUGUAUAGAUUGACCUGCUAUAUUUUUAUAUGGAUUGUGUGGUCCUCUCUGCUUCUCAUCUAGCAAAAUGGAUGAAACACCUAUGUGACAUUGUGCAUACUGAUUCAUUUUAUAAAUACGGUAGUAGAGUCCAGGGACCAAGCUACUCUCUCUCGAUGACUUUUCUGCAGUGCCACAUUGUAGGGAUUCUUUGUAAAAUACUAUAACGUUAUUUUAUGGAUUACAGUGGAUACCAGAUUUCCAUGAACAAAUAAUAAAAACAUCCUGUAUACUG